AUGAGCAGAAAGUGCGGGAAAGAGCGGAGUCUGAGUAGGCAACCAUAUGAGGUUUCGAGCCCAUUUCCCUGACGAUGAGCAAAAGGGCAAACCAUUUGGAGAUGGAGGCUGAAAUUGAGCAGCUUGUCAGCAUGGGUUUCCCUACUGACCUCGCCGCCCAAGCCAUGGCGGCCGCCGGCGGGAACCUCCUCAAAGCCACCGAUUGGCUUCUCAAUCAGAAUAACCACCACCACCCUCCGAUUGCUCAAACUCCCACUCCCCCAUCAUCCAAUUCCAGCCCUCCCGUUGUCCAACCCAAGAUCAAUCGCUUUUUCCACUUCCACCCCAAGAAAGACCAGACCCAACAAGAGUCCGAAGAGAUUGAGGGAGAUGAACAGUCCCACUCGUUGGUUCAUCCCAGAAAGCGUCAAAAAUUGGCUGAAAAUCAAGAAAAUAUCCAGAAACCCUCUCCGGAACCUCCGCCCCCGCCGCUAGCGGAGAGAAUGCGGCCGCGCGUGCUCGACGAAAUAGUGGGACAGGACCACCUCCUGGCAAGAGACGCCCUCCUCCGCUCGGCGAUCGGCUGUGGCCGCCUCCCCUCCGUCAUCCUUUGGGGCCCACCCGGGACCGGCAAGACCUCCAUCGCCAAGGCCAUUGUGAGCUCCUGUGGCGGCUUUGGAUCUUCUUCCUACCGAUUCGUUUCUCUAUCCGCCGUGACUUGUGGGGUAAAGGAUGUCAGGGAGGCUGUGGAGGAGGCCAGAAAAUCGAAGUUGAAAACGAGCAAAAGUACUGUUCUUUUUCUUGAUGAGGUCCACAGGUUCAACAAAGCGCAGCAGGAUUCAUUUCUGCCCGUAAUAGAAGAUGGGAGUAUAGUGUUCAUCGGCGCCACCACAGAAAACCCGUCGUUCCAUCUGAUAACGCCGUUGUUGUCCCGCUGCAGAGUUUUAACCCUCACUCCAUUGAAACCCCAUCAUAUAACAAUGCUAGUGAAACGAGCCGUUUUUGAUGAGGACCGGGGACUGGCUGCAAGCCUAAAGCGAUUGGUUAAGUUCGAAGUAGAUGAUGAUGCAACAGAGUUUUUAUCUUUGCACUGUGAUGGAGACGCCCGGGUGGCGUUGAACGCCCUUGAGGUCGCGGCCACGACUGCCUCUGCACGAGCCAAAGAAUGUAACACCGAUGAGGAUUCUCGGGUUUUGGUUGUGGUUUCUGUAGAUGAGGUUAAAGAAGCAUUGCAGUGCAAGCAUUUGGCCUAUGAUAGAGCCGGGGAGGAGCAUUACAACCUCAUAAGCGCCCUCCACAAGUCAAUGAGGGGGAGUGAUGCCGAUGCAGCUAUUUAUUGGCUGGCAAGAAUGGUGGAAGGAGGUGAAGAGCCGCUCUACAUUGCACGUCGGCUCAUUAGGUUUGCGAGUGAAGAUGUGGGCUUGGCUGAUCCCCAAGCUCUAACCCAGGCCGUUUCUUGUUACCAAGCAUGUCAUUUCAUAGGGAUGCCAGAGUGCAAUGUUAUACUUGCACAGUGUGUCGCAUAUUUGGCUCUGGCACCUAAGUCGGUUGCUGUAUACCGAGCGAUGGGAUCUGCACAGAAGGUGGUGAAGGAAUCGAUAGGACAGAAUGAGGGGGUGCCGCUCCAUUUGAGGAAUGCACCGACAAAGCUAAUGAAGGAUCUUGGUUAUGGGAAGGGAUAUAUAUAUCCUCCUGAUAAUCCUGACUCGUCAUCACAGGCGUAUCUGCCUCCGUCACUUGAAGGUUACAAAUUCCUCCAUUGGCCAUAGAAAUUCGAAGGUGUCUUGUAGUCGUAUAGGACGAGGUUGUGAUACUUAGUUUUUGUUAUUUUAGAUGUGGUCUUGUUUUCAUGGAGCUGGAAUGCUAGGAAGAGAUGUGCCUGAUCAAGACUUCAAUCUAUGAGUAGUUUUGUUCAGUGAAUGGAUUGAUGUACACAAAUAUGAAGCAUGUUAACUUGGAAGAUGGUUUUCUUUGAGUACAAAUGGGGGUUGGGGACAACCAUAAGUUUGGUUGAAACAAGCCAAUAGCUUAUGGUUGGAGACUGAUUGUA